UAUCAUCAUUUCAUCACAUUGUGUGUUUAUUGACAACUUUUUAGUUUCAAAUUUCCACCUGUGUAUGAUAUUUGAGUUGCAACUAAGAGCCCUGCAAUGAACAUUUUCCUCUGUUAAACAUCCUUUUUUUUUUUCAUUGAAUUGAAGAAGAACUUGUGAUUUUCAUCUGAUCCUGCCUUUGCUUCCUUGUAAAUUUAGUCAAUAGCUAUGGAAAUCUUAUCUAUUUUUGUGGAAAAACUCACUGAUUGCUUGAUCCAGCCAGUUGCGCGGCAGAUUGGUUAUUUCUACUACUACAAGAGAAACAUGAAAUAUAUGGAUAAAGAAUGUGAGAAGCUGAAGAAUAUCAGAAUAACAGUGCAGCGAAAAGCGGAAGAUGCCAGGAGAAACUUACAAGACAUUUCACCUAAUGGCAAGGUUUGGUUAACUAGCGUUGAUACAACUACUGCAGAUGUGGAAGGCGUGAUGCGAGGUGUAGCUGAGGUUGAAAGGGGUUGCUUCUAUGGUGUGUGUCCGAAUUUGAAGUCACGUUACUCGAUGAGUAGGAGAGCUAACAAAAUUACACUGGAGUUGAUUGAACUUCAAAAUGAAAGCAAUAAGCCUGAUGUUUUGUCAUUUGAUCAUCCAGUCGAAAGUGAACCUGAGGCUAUGUGUAGUAACAAUGUUGAGGAGUUUGAGUCCAGAAAAUUGAAGGAGGAUGAGGUCAUGGCAGCUUUGAGAGAUGACGAGGUUGCUAUUGUUGGGAUAUGUGGUAUGGGUGGAGUUGGUAAGACAACACUGACUGAGAAAAUCAGACAAAAGGCGAAAAAAGAAAGGUUGUUUAAAGAUGUUGUCAUGGUAAUUGUCAGUCAACAAAUAGACUUUAAAAGAAUUCAGGAUGAGAUUGCAGGAGGAGUUGGGCUGAUAUUAGAAGGGGAUGAUUUGUGGAGUCGUGGAGAUCUGCUGCGUACAAGGUUAAUGGAUCAGAACAGUCGCAUCCUUAUAAUCUUGGAUGAUGUUUGGAAGGCUCUUGAACUAGAGAAACUUGGAAUUCCUAGUGGUAGCAACCACAAACAUCGGUGCAAAGUGACAUUCACAACGCGUUUCCGACAUGUUUGUGAAGCAAUGGGAGCUCAGAAGAUCAUGGAAGUUGGAACUUUAUCUGAAGAGGAAGCAUGGAUCCUUUUUAGACAGAAAGUCGGUACAGUCGAUGAUCCUUCUCUACUUGAUAUAGCAAAAGAUGUUGCCAAAGAAUGUAAGGGGCUGCCACUUGCAAUUAUUACAGUUGCAGGAGCACUUAAAAAGCAUAAAACCAAGCGUUCGUGGGACUAUGCCCUUGAAGAAUUACGCGGUGCAGAAACAAUAAAUAUCCCUGAAGUGCACACAGAGGUGUAUAAACCUCUGAGGCUAAGCUAUGAAUACUUGGGAAGUAAUGAAGCUAAGUACCUCUUUUUGCUUUGUUCCUUGUUUGAGGAAGAUAGUAAUAUCUGUCCUGAAGAAUUACUUAGAUAUGGAAUGAGGCUUCGCAUCUUUCCGGGAAUAAAAAAUUUGGAACAUGCAAGAAAUAAGGUGUGUUAUCUGUUGGAAAUAUUGAAAGAUUGUUUCUUGUUAUCCCAAGGUUCAGAAAAAAAUUGUGUCAAGAUGCAUGAUGUGGUCCGUGAUGUGGCUAUAUAUAUUGCGUCUGAGGGCAAGGAUAUAUUUAUGGUAAGUCAUGAUAUGAACUCAGAAGAGUUCCCAAGAAAAGACUCUUACGAGCAAUACAGCCACAUGUCAAUUGUUGCAAAUAAAUUUGAUGAGCAUCCUAGUCCAAUAUUUUGCCCAAAACUGAAGCUUCUAAUGUUGAAACUUUGUUUUGAAGAAGAACCAAUCAAAUUACAAGAUGAUUUUUUUGAUGGAAUGAGUAAACUCAAUGUCUUAAGCUUUAGGACAUACGGUUAUUGUUACACCAGUCUACCUUUUCCAGCAUCCAUUCAGAGGUUGUCAAAUCUGAGGACGUUGUGUCUGAGUAAUUUAAGGUUGGAUGAUAUAUCCAUUAUUGGGGAACUUGUCACUUUAGAAAUUCUCAGCAUAAAAGAUUCUAAGUUGGGGGAGUUUCCCGUGGAGAUAGGAAAACUGACCAAUCUAAUUAUGUUAGAGUUGCGGAAUGAGGAAAAACCACUGGAAAUGAUUUCACCAGGGGUCUUAUCAAGAUUAGUUCGAUUGGAAGAACUACAUUUGGUGGGAGUAGAACAUUGUAGUUACUCCAACUUAAGAGAGCUGGAAUCGUUAUCGAGAUUGACUUCACUAACAUUAAGUGAAUGUUCCGAGGAUGUGAUCUACAGUAACUUGGGCCUUUCCUCCAAGUUGACACGGUACACUCUUACAGUGGGUAGAGCUUACAAAGAGACUUCAAGCAUGGACAAUUACGACAAGAAUAUUGCUUUAAAGGUCACUGAGACUGCCCCAUUGGGUGAUUGGAUCCGCCACAUGUUGAGGAAGAGCGAACAUGUAGAUUCAACCGGAGAGGGCUCCAAGAACGUGUUGGCUGAGUUGCAGCUGGAUGAAUUUCAGAAUGUGAAAUAUCUCGGCCUGAAACACUUUGAUUCAUUAGUACAUAUCCACUGUCAAAAUAGUAUUUCAUUCCCCAAACUUGAAAGACUGGAGGUAAGAAAGUGUCGUUGUCUACAGUAUGUUUUUUGUGUGUCCUUGGCUGGAGGGAGAUUGAAAGUAGCCUGCCCUGAUGAUGAGGAAGAGGAGAUCUCUCGGAGGACACGUGAAGUAAUCAAGUUCCCCAAUUUAUAUGAUUUGAACCUUCGAUCUCUGGAAUGCCUCACUCACUUUUGCAAUGACACUGUUGAGGGCAUUGAGUUCCCUCGGUUGCGGAAAAUGCACUUCAGUAGCUUACCUGAGUUCCGAAAUUUCUGGCAUACAGCCAACAACUCUAUCACUGACUCAAAUCCUCUUUUUGAUGAAAAGGUUUCUUGUCCCAACCUGGAAGAGCUAUAUAUCGAUAGGGCUGACAGCAUAACUGCUCUAUGGUCUCACCAACUUCCAACUGCCUACUUCAGCAAACUUGUAAAAUUCGAAGUAGAUGGUUGCAGAAAAUUGAGAAACUUGAUGUCUCCAUCAGCGGCCAAAGGUCUCCUGAAUCUCCGGAAACUAAAGAUAAAAAAUUGUGAGUCAAUGGAAGAAGUGAUCACAGAAGAGGAACAACAAGGAGUAGAAAUCAUGACUAAUGAGCCUUUAUUCCCCCUGUUGGAACAGCUGAACCUUUACAAUCUGCGAAAGCUGGGGCACUUCUUUCUAGCGAAGCGUGGUCUUGAAUUUCCAUAUCUCAGGGAUGUGUGCAUUCAUAACUGCUCUGAAAUGAAGGCGUUUGUCCAACAGGGAAUAUAUGUGAGUACACCGAGUCUCGAAAGUGUAAACAAUGAUGAUGAGGUGAAAGUGGUUGAUCUCAAUAAAGCGAUGUUCAAUUCUAAGGUUUCGUGUCCCAGACUGGAAAAGCUACAACUCAUUUGUGCUCAUAAUAUAACUGCUCUAUGCUCUCAUCAACUUCCAACAGGCUACUUUAGCAAACUUGAAACAUUGCAUGUAUCGUUUUGUGGAAAUUUGAGAAACUUGAUGUCUCCAUCAGUGGCCAGAGGUGUUUUGAAUCUCCAAAUUCUAGAUAUAGGAUAUUGCGAGUUGAUGGAAGAAGUGAUCACAAAAGAGGAACAAGGAGAAGAAAUUAUGACAAAUGAGCCCUUAUUUCCCCUGUUGGAAGAGUUGAGGCUUCAAAGCCUGCCAAAGCUGGGGCAUUUCUUUCUCGCUAUGCAUGCUCUUGAAUUUCCAUUUCUCAGAGAAGUGUCGAUUCAUGAAUGUCCUGAUAUAAAGACGUUUGUCCAACAGGGAUCUGUGAGUACACCGAGUCUCGGAAGUUUGAACAAUGAUGAUGAGGUGAAAGUAGUUGAUCUCAAUAAAGUGAUGUUCAAUUUUAAGGUUACUUGUCCCAGCCUGGAAGAGCUACGUAUCUGGAUGGCUCACAACAUAACUGCUCUAUGCUCUCACCAACUUCCAACUGCCUACUUUAGCAAACUUGAAAGAUUGGAUAUAUCGACUUGUGGAAAAUUGAGAAACUUGAUGUCUCCAUUACUGGCUAGAGGUGUUUUGAAUCUCCGAAUACUAAAGAUACAAGGCUGUCAAUCAAUGGAAGAAGUCAUCACAGAAGAGGAACAAGGAGAAAAUAUGACUAAUGGGCCCUUAUUUUCCCGGUUAGAACAGCUGGAUCUUUACGAUCUGCCAAAGCUGGGGCAUUUCUUUCAGACGAAGCAUGCUCUUGAAUUUCCAUUUCUCAGGAAAGUGUAUAUUUAUAGCUGCCCUUCAAUGAAGACGUUUGGCCUCGGUUCUGUGAGCACACCGAGUCUCGAAAGUGUGAACUAUGAUGAUGAGGUGAAAGUAGAUGAUCUGAAUACAUGGAUACAACAGAUGUUCAAUUCUAAGGAAGAAGAUGUAAGUGAUGACUGUGAAUAUGAAAAAGACGUUACUGACGGUAAUGAAUCUGAAGAAGAUUUAAGUGAUGGCUGUAAAUCUGAACAAGAUGUAAGUGAUGGCAGUGAAUCUGAAUCUUCAGUCCAGAUUGAAGCAAAACAGGAAAAAAAAAAACAAACAACUUUUGGUUGCUUUUAUUACAGAAAUGGAAUUCUUAGCUAUUUUUGUCGAAAACUCACUGAUAGCUUGAUCCAGCCAGUUGCGCGAGGGAUUGGAUAUUUCUAUUACUACAAGAGAAACAUGAUAUCUCUGGAUGAAGAAUCUCAGAAGCUGGAGAAUCUCAGGAGUGGCGUGCAGGAAAGAGUGGAGGCUGCCAGGAAAAACUUACAAGUCAUUUCACACACUGUUGAGGAUUGGUUAACUAGUGUUGAUACUACUACUGCAGAUGCGGCAAUUGUAACGCGACGAGGUAGAAAUGAGGUUAAAAGUGGCUGCUUCUAUGGUUGCUGUCCAAACUAGAAGUCACGUUACUUGUUGAGCAGGAGAGCUGAGAAAAUCACACUGAAGGUGAUUGAACUUAGAAAUGAAAGCAACAAGUAUGAUGUUUUCAGCUAUCCUGUACCACAUGUUGAAGCUGAAGCCAUGGUUAGUAACAGUGGUGAGGCGUUUGACUCCAGAAAAGUGAAAGAGGAUGAGGUCAUCGCAGCUUUGAAAGAUGACGGUGUCACUAUGAUUGGGAUAUGUGGUAUGGGUGGUGUUGGGAAGACAACAUUGGCUGAGAAAAUCAGACAAAGGGCAAAACUAGAAAAGUUGUUUGAUGAUGUUGUCAUGGUAACUGUUGGUCAGCAACCGGACUUUAAAAGAAUUCAGGGUGAGAUUGCAGAAGGAGUCGGUCUUACAUUGGAAGGGGAUAAUUUAUGGAGUCGUGGAGAUCGGCUGCGUUUAAGGUUAAAAGGACAGGACAGUAUCCUUAUAAUCUUUGAUGAUGUCUGGGAGGCUCUUCAUGAUCUAGAGAAACUUGGAAUUCCUAGUGGUAGUAACCACAAACAUCGGUGCAAAGUGACAUUCAAAACGCGUUUCCGACAUGUUUGUGAAUCAAUGGAAGCUCAGAAGAUCAUGAAAGUUGGAACCUUAUCUGAGGAGGAAGCAUGGAACCUUUUCAGGCAGAAACUCGGUAACUCAGUCGUCGAUCCUUCUCUACUUGACAUAGCAAAAGAUGUCGCAAAAGAAUGCAAGGGGUUGCCGCUUGCAAUUGUUACAGUUGCAGGAGCACUAAAGCUUAAAACUAAGCCUUCGUGGGAGGAUGCCCUCAAACAAUUACGCAAUGCAGAAACAAGAAAUAUCCCUGAUGUGCACACAAAGGUGUAUAGACCUCUGAGGCUAAGCUAUGAUCACUUGGAAAGUGAUGAAGCCAGGUACAUCUUUUUGCUUUGUUCUUUGUUUGAGGAAGAUAGUGAUAUUUCGACUGAAGAAUUACUUAGAUAUGGAAUGGGGCUUGGCAUCUUUUUGGAAAUUAAAAAUAUAGAAGGAGCAAGAAAUAGAGUGUGUCAUCUGUUAGAAACACUGAAAGAUCGUUUCUUGUUAUCCCAAGGUUCAAACAGAAAUUCUGUCAAAAUGCAUGAUGUAGUUCGUGACGUGGCUAUAUAUAUUGCGUCUGAGAGAAAGCAUAUAUUUAUGGUAAGUCAUGAUGUGAACUCAGACGAGUUCCCAAGAAAAGAUUCUUACGAGCAAUAUAGUCACGUGUCAAUUGUUGCAAAUAAAUUUGAUGAGCAUCCUAGCCCAAUAAUUGGCCAAAAUUUGAAGCUUCUAAUGUUGAAACUCUAUUUUAAAGAGCCAAUCAAAUUACAAGAUGAUUUUUUUGAUGGGAUGAGUAAACUCAAUGUCUUAAGCCUGAGUGGAUAUGAGUACUCCGUUUGGCCUUUUCCAGUAUCCAUUCAGAGGUUGUCGAAUCUGAGGACGUUGUGUCUGAGUAAUUUAAGGUUGGAGGACAUAUCCAUUAUUGGUCAACUUGUCACUUUAGAGAUUCUUAGCAUAAGAGAUUCUCAGUUAGAGGAGCUGCCCACGGAGAUAGGUAAAUUGACUAAUCUAAUCAUGUUAGAGUUGCAGAAUGAGAAAAAACCACUGGAAAUGAUUUCACCAGGGGUCUUAUCAAGACUAGUUCGAUUGGAGGAACUACAUAUAAUGAAUGUAAGAAAUUGUAGUUACUCCACCUUGAGGGAACUAGAAUCCUUAUCGAGAUUGACUGCACUGACAUUAAGUGAAUGUUCCGGAGAUGUGAUCUACAGUAACAUGGGUCUUACCUCCAAGUUGACACAGUUUGCAAUUACAGUGGGUAAAGCUUACAGAGCGACUUCAAGCAUGGAUGAUUACGACAAGAAUAUUUCUUUAGAGGUCACCGAGACUGCCCCAUUAGGUGAUUGGAUCCGCCACCUGUUGAGCAAGAGCGAACUUGUACAUUCAACCGGAGAGGGAACCAAGAACGUGCUGGCCGAGUUGCAGCUGGAUGAAUUUCAGAAUGUGAAAUAUCUCUGCCUGAAAUGUUUUGAUUCAUUGACACAUAUCCAAUGUCAGAAUAAUGUUUCAUUUCCCAAACUCGAAAAAUUGGAGAUUAGAAAGUGUCAUAGUCUACAAUAUGUUUUUUUUGUGUCCUUGGCUGGAGAAAGUUCAACAGUAGUUUGCCUUGAUGAUGAGGAAGCCGAGAUCUCUCGGAGAACACAUGAAGUAAUCAAGUUCCCCAAUUUAUAUGAUUUGAACCUUCUAUCUCUCAAAGGCCUCUCUCACUUUUGCAAUGACACUGUUGAUGGCAUUGAGUUCCCUCGGUUACGGAACAUGAACUUCAUGGACUUACCUGAGUUCAAAAAUUUCUGGCCUACAGCCAACAACUUCAUCCUUGGCUCAAAUCCUCUUUUUGAUGAAAAGGUUUCUUGUCCCAACCUGGAAAAUCUUCAACUCAUUAGAGCUAACAACAUAAGUUCUCUAUGCUCUCACCAACUUCCAACUGCCUACUUCAGCAAACUUGUAAAACUGAAAGUAGAUAGUUGUGCAAAACUGAGAAACUUGAUGUCUCCAUCAGUGGCCAGAGGUCUUCUGAAUCUCCGGAAACUAAAGAUAGAAAAUUGUGAGUCGAUAAAAGAAGUGAUCACCGAAGAGGAACUACAAGGAGAAGAAAUCAUGACUAGUGAGCCCUUAUUCCCUCUGUUGAAACAUCCGAACCUUGACAAUCUGCCAAAGCUGGAGCAUUUCUUUCGGACGAAGCAUGCUCUUGAAUUUCCAUUUCUCAGGGAAUUGUGGAUUCAUCACUGCCCUGAAAUUAAGACAUUUGUCCAACAGGGAUCUGUGAGUACACCGAGUCUCGAAAGUGUGAACAAUGAUGAUGAGGUGAAAGUAGACGAUCUCAAUAAAGCGAUGUUCAGUUCUAAGGUUUCUUGUCCCAGUCUGGUGGAUCUAGUAGUCGUUGGGGUUAACAACAUAACUUCCCUAUGCUCUCACCAACUCUCAACUGCCUACUUUAGUAAAGUUGAAACGGUGUACAUUGAGAAUUGUGGAAGAUUGAGAAACUUGACGUCUCCAUCAGUAGCCAGAGGUCUUCUGAAUCUCCAAGUAUUAACGAUAGAAGCCUGCCAAUCAAUAGAAGAAGUGAUCACAGAAGAGGAACAACGUCGAGGCGAAGAAAUCAUGACUAAUGAGCCUUUAUUUCCCCUAUUGGAAGAGCUGGUGCUUUGCAAGCUGCCUAAGCUGAGACAUUUCUUUCUCGCGAAGCAUGCUCUUGAAUUUCCAUUUCUCAGAGUAGUAUGGAUUAAUAGUUGCCCUGAAAUGGAGACGUUUGUCCGACAGGGAAUAUUUGUUAGUACACCCCAACUCAAAUGGAUGAACAAUGACGUUGAUAUGAAAGUAGAUGAUCUGAAUAAAUGGAUACAACAGACGUUCAAUUCUAAGGAACAAAAUGCUAGUCAAGGCACUACCAAUGGCUACCAAUAUGAAGCUGGAGAUGUCAACUUAUUACGUUUUGUCAAGCCCCUUUGAUAUCUUAUUAGUCAAGCGCUAGCGCCCCUUUAGUCUGAUCUACAUUGGAACAAACGAGUAGUCUACAUGAACUCAAUAGCUUUCACAAAGACUCUGUAUUUGUAUUAGCCAUAUCUAUAAAUGAGUUAACUUUGAAUGUUGAUAUUAUUGCAUAUUAACCUGUAGU